AUGAGCUCUCCUCUGCCCAAGAGCGGGUCCAGCACUUCCUCGGGGCAGCAGCGCAGGUCUGCGCAGACGGUCCCCGGUCCUCACAGUCACCGGAGCCAGCGCGCUCAUCCUCCCCCCCCUCACCAUCCCGUCGGCAGCGGGGAUGCAUCCAGGGCGGAGGACUGCGAGACCAGCCUGCGGAGACCCCUGUGCCAACCGAGGCACGCCGACGCGCGGAGUUUCAGUGACCAUCACCGCGCGCAGAGAAGACAGCCCGGUCACCUGGACGAUGGCUAUGCUGAGGAGGACGCGAGGCACCGGACCGGGACCAGGCACCAGAGGGAGCGCAACGAGCCCUCUAGGUCCAAACACCACCACCACCACCACCAUCACCACCACGAUUCAUCUCAAAGUGAGCAGCCUCUCGCAGCCCAUCACCAGAGAGGCUCCCGGCAGGACAGGAGGGCCUCGCCAACUCCACCCAGCCCAAAACACCCGGACGACGCGUCUUUCUUUUUCGAGCCCAGCGAGAGAGUGGUCAGCGGGUCCACGUCCAGCCUCAGCUCUGACCCACCUGCGGCCAGCGCACUCCACAAGCCGAGUCGCACCUCCAAAAGACUGAGCACAGCUUCCGAGAACGACUCCAGCCUCCAUCCCAUAGUAAAGUCAGUCUUUGGACAGUUCACAAUGAGCCUCCGGUGA